AUGAAAACAAAGUAUUAUGUUUAUAAUUAUUUUGUUGAUAUAAAUAUUAAAAGUAUAAAAUAUUCAACAAAAAGCAUAUUUAGUAUAAUCUGUAAAGAUUUGUAUUAUAGUAUAAAGUAG